AUGGCACCCCAAGAGCGAAAAGAUGAAGUCAACCAGAACGUAGAAGACGGGCGUGUAUCAAAAAGAGAAACUAGUCUCGUAACGAACGCGCGGUCGAAACCCUCGGACGAAUAUGUUUUAAACUUUGCGUUUUAUUCCUUUAUUGGUUUCGUGGCUGUCCAGACAGUCUUUGCCAUACUAGCCAAUUCCCAGUCUAUGCUGGCGGACUCGGAAGCCAUGUCGGUGGAUGCACUGACGUAUCUGUUCAACGCGUGCGCGGAGCGCAUCAAGAAACGACCGUUUUCCGAAGCGGAACUCGAGCUGCCACUCCGCGUGCGCAACUACCGCCGUGAACUGCGCCGUUUGUAUCUGGAACUGGUACCGCCAACUAUCAGCGUUUCAGCGCUUCUGAUCAUCACAUUUUAUACCCUGAAGGAGGCCUAUAGUACGCUGGUUGGAGACGAAGAGGGCAACGACGAAGAGGAUGUUUCCAUCGGAAUCAUGCUCUUCUUUUCAACGGCAAAUUUGCUACUCGAUGUGGUGAAUGUGACUUGCUUUGCCCGGGCAGGAUCGGCUUUUGGGUUGGAAGUGAUCAAACGUGAAAACACAGCGAUUCGAAGGACCAUGUCUGGUGAAGCCGCCGAAAACAUGUCUCUUCUGGGCAACGGGGAUACGAACGUGGACAAGAACGAUGGCGAAAACUACGGGACGACAACGAGCAUUUCUCGACCGGAGGGGCCUCCAGAGUUGGUCAAUCUCAAUAUGUGUAGCGCUUGGACGCAUGUUUGCGCCGAUACGUUGCGCAGCACGACCGUGUUGGUGGUUUCCUUCAUCGCCACCAUUUUUCCCACCAUUGACGCGUCGGAGGCGGAUGCCGUAGCGGCCGUCAUUGUCAGCUUUGUCAUAAUCGGUUCUUUGUUUCCCUUGCUCCAGGGUCUAGUCCUGACGGCCGUACAAAUUGCCUCGCAACACCGCCAUCCAGUAACGGCUUGAAUAGACAGCGAGCGGAGUUGCGCACGCCGACUAUAGCAUCCCUGGCACUCCUUACGGUACUUUUCUUGUUGUGAAUACAUGCUUCCCCUAGAUAAUACAUUCUAAAAUAAAGUCCGCAUUGGUUUACAU